AUGGCAUUCGGGCGGUAUAGGCACUAUUGGAUGAUUACGCUUGUGCUUUUCGCCCUGGGGGAGGCAAUCGGCUGGGGAGGGCGCCUUUGGGCUCAUUUUGAUCCGACGAGCUGGAUGGCUUUCAUGAUCCAAAUUUGCAGUCUCAUCGUCAGCCCUGUCUUCCUGUCUGCUGCGGAUUAUGUUCUCUUCUGCAAGCUAAUCGGAAAGAUCAAACCCCGCCUCUUCCCCAUUCCAUCCACAAUUUUCUGGGUUGGCUUUAUCAUUUGCGACAUCAUCGCCUUAGCCAUUCAGACUGUCGGAGGAGUCCUGGUAUCAAGCGCAGAGAGUUACGAACAGAUUAGCCACGGCGGAGACGUUAUGCGUUCAGGAAUUAUCUUCCAGUUCAGCAAUACGGUCGUUUUUGUGGUCCUCAUCCUAGGAGUAAUAUUCCUACUACGGAAAAAGAGAACACCGGUCUUGCAAGGGAGAUGGCAAGUAAUGACAGCUUUGUGCGUAUCAACCCUCACUAUACUGAUCCGGAAUGGAUAUCGUAUCGUCGAGCUGUCGGAUGGAUGGAAGGGUCAUCUGAUGCACACGGAGCGAUAUCUCAUCGGUUUGGACAUGGUACCUAUGGCUGUUGGGAUUGGGGCUUUUGUUGUUUUUCCUCCUUCGUUCUUUUUACACGAGGAGAAGAAGCUAGAGAUCAACUCAAUGGAGUUGUCGGCAUAG